AUGGGAGAAGUCGUUGAAGACAUGGCGAAAGUCACGAUUGAUAAGAUUGGAAUCAAUGAUGAUCGAGUGAAAUCCUGCUUCACCAAAGUGAACGGGAAACAGUGGCACUACCUCGACGCUCARGUUCCAGCAGGCCAACAGCAAAAGGGAACAGCGGUCCUCAUCCACGGAUUCCCAGACAUAUCCCUCGCAUGGCGUUACCAGAUCCCAACACUCCUAUCUCUCGGCUUUCGCUGUAUCGCCUUGGACUGUAUGGGCUAUGGAAAGACCGGGACUUCUAGCUCAAUCAAAGAUUUCUCCUUCAAAACUCACGCCGAUGCCGUAGCGGGGAUUUGUUCCCAGCUCUCCAUCUCCCGCACCAUUAUCGGUGGACAUGAUUGGGGUGGUUUGGCAGUGUACAGAAUCGCACAGUGGUAUCCGAAACUCAUCACGCAUGUCUUUAGCGUCUGUACGGCUUUUGCGCCUUGCACGGAUUCGUUCACGUCGACGGAGGAUCUGGUCAAAGGACCUGUGCCACAGUUUGGCUACCAGUUGCAGUUUGGCAGCUCGGAUGAUCAAAUUGAAAGUGUGGUGAAAGAUGAGAAGGACAUGAGAAAGUUUCUGUUGGGGAUGUAUGGUGGCCGGCCUGCUAAGGGGAAGAGGUUUAUGAAUGCGAAGGAAGGUGUUGAUCUCAGCAUCUUCAAGGAUGGCGAUGUUGCUAUGACACCGCUGCUCAGUGAAGAGGAAUUGGACUUUUACGUCAAAGAGUUCAUGAGGAAUGGCAUCAACGGCCCCUGCAAUUGGUACCGAACUCGUAAGGUCAAUUGGGAGGACGAAAAGGAUCUCCCGGACGAUAGAAGAAAGACUAUCAAGCAGCCAACUCUGUAUAUUUUGGCGACCAGGGAUGGUAUCUUGACAAGGGAGAUGAGCAGAGGCAUGGAGCGCUCCAUUCCGAAUCUAACUCGCGGCGAGGUACCGGCGACUCACUGGGCUCUAUGGCAUACACCAGCGGAAACGAAUGCCAUUAUCAAGGACUGGGUCGAAGGCGUUGUGCUGGGAGGGAAGAGUAAGCUCUGA